AUGGAUGCGGAUAUGGAUGAACUUAUGGACCUUCUGGCAUACGAAUGCCCCUACACUGGGAAGAAGCGAAUUCCUGGGUGCUAUGAGUCUGUGGAUCAGCAGUCGUCUACAAAGAAGAUCAAGAUUGGAUCCACUCCCGAUAAUUAUGACAAAGUGGAUUUGCAGACCUCACCGGAUGGCUACGAUGAAACUAUGUUCAGUGAGUAUUUCAACAGAGGUUUGUCAGGUGAGCCCUGUGAACCACCACCAGCUCACGUGAACUGUGCAAACUGUCCUGAGCACUUGCAGAGAACCAUCAAUGCAGAGAAUCGUGACAAUCUCAGAAAGCUUGGCGACAACUUUGAUGCCUGUUGCAAGCAUGUCGUGCAGAUUGCCAAGCACGAGGUUGACAACAACCCUGCAAGUAGCCAAGCGAUGCGAGAGUUUGCAUGCAUUAGAGAGGAGGAUGCCGAGGCUGCUGCCGCAAAAGCUAUCAACAUUGCGGUGACGUUCAUGUACAAAAGUGGCCUUUGGUUGCAGAGUACAUCAGCCCGCAGACUGUCAGAUUGGAUUUUCUCCUUUUUGGGGCACUACUCUUUGUUGGCGCAGUUGACUUUGAAUGCUGGCAAAGCUCGGUACCCCAUGUACCCAAAGAACCACAUGCUUUGUCAUGCAGCUGUAGACUUGGCCCGUCGUGCAGAAAGAUGUGAAUGGCAGCUGUCACCUUUAAGCACAGCAUGCCAGCAGGAGGAAGAUUUCAUUGGGAAGCCUUCCAAGAUAUCGCGUUUUACAAACAUUCGCCAAGCACAUAGAAGUGUAAUUUGGAGAUCCAUGAUAAAGAUUCAGUAUUCUCUGCAGCAAGCUGGCAAUGACCAGCGAGGCAUGGAUUCUUAUGCAGAUCUGUGA